AUGGCAACCAGAAUGGUACUUGGAAACACCAAAGUUCCCUUCCAUAUCCUUCACAAUCGCAUCGUCCAGAAAUGCAAUGGCAUAAACAAUACCUCCAAGGUGGCUGCUUAUAACAUUGUAUUCAAAAAAAGAGAAUGUGGGUUCUUUGGGUUUGAUCUAAAGGGGGAGGAGGGUGUUGUAGCUGUUGACAAAGGCGAGAGGGCUAGUGGUGGCGUCUUUGUUGAGAAAGCUGAUAAAAAAACUGGUUUGGUAAAUGGGUAUUUUGCCAAGGACCAGACUCGGGUUGUAAAGGUUGCUAGUCAGCGACGUGUCGAUGAUGAUGAUGAUGAGGAAUUGGAUGAUGAGUUGGAUGGGUUUGAUGAAGAUGAGUGGGAUGAUGAGGAUGAGUAUGUUGAUGAUGACUUUGUUGAGGAAGAGGAUGAAGAUGACGAUGAUUUUCAAGCUAGGAAGAGGAAGUGA